AUGGCGAAAUAUUCAUGCGACGACGCCAUUGAAGGACUCAAGAAGCUUCUGAGCAAAAAAGGUAACCUAGAAAGUGUUGCCGCGGCAAAGAUCAAGCGACUAACGGACGAGUUGAAGGUGACCGCUGAAAAGCCGUUCAACCCGGUUGAGAAGAUAAAAAUCGGGUUCACCCACUUCAGGAAAGAAAAAUUCGAGAAGAAUCCAGCCCUGUAUGGUGAACUUGCCAGACGCCAGAACCCCAAGUUUUUGGUUUUUGCCUGCUCAGACUCUCGAGUUUGUCCAUCGCAUAUUCUCGAUUUCCAGCCAGGUGAUGCCUUUGUAGUCCGAAACAUUGCCAACAUAGUCCCUCCGUAUGACCAGACAAAAAACUCUGGUGUGGGGGCGGCCAUUGAAUAUGCAGUAUUGCAUCUAAAUGUGGAGAAUAUUGUGGUCAUUGGACACAGCGGUUGUGGAGGGAUAGAGAAGCUCAUGUCUAUGCCCGAUGAUGGGACCACUGAUAGUGAUUUUAUAGAAAAUUGGGUCAAAAUCUUUUUGCCUGCCAAGGCCAAGGUGAAAGAGGAAUGGGGCGGUUUGGAGAUCUUUGAACAGUGUUCCUUCUUGGAGAGGGAAACUGUGAAUAUAUCGCUCUCAAACCUAUUAAGUUAUCCCUAUGUCAGAGAGGGUGUGGCAAAUAAAACCCUAUCUUUGAAAGGGGCUUACUACGAUUUUUACGAUGGAGAUUUUGAGCUUUGGGAUCUCGAAUUUGGCACUUCACCCUCUAUUGGCUUUUCACCCUCUAUAGCCAUAUGA